GAUUGUGAAAUUGCUUGCAGGUGGGUACAUGCCCUAUUUAAGCCCCGUACAUGGUAAACAAGCCACAGUGCUGCACUGAUACACAUCUAGUACGGUCCGAAAAAAGGUACUGUGGACAGCAACAUGCUGAGGUUCUUUAUGGCUUUCUGUGUCCUGGCAACAGGCUGGGCGCAAGAGUGUGUGGUCGAUCAAAUUCCAGUCAAAGAGGGCUUUGACAAAUACAGGUUCCAAGGAACAUGGUACGCUGUAGCCAAGAAAGACCCAGUGGGACUUUUCCUGCUGGACAAUGUUGUCGCCAGCUACAAAGUGGAGGAUGAUGGUAAAAUGACAGCCACUGCUGUUGGCAGAGUCAUCAUUCUGAACAACUGGGAGACCUGUGCUAACAUGUUUGGCUCAUUAGAGGACACCUCAGACCCUGCCAAGUUCAAGCUGAGAUACUGGGGAGCAGCUGCAUACCUACAGUCUGGAUAUGAUGACCACUGGAUCAUUGAUACGGACUACGACAACUAUGCCAUCCACUACUCAUGCAGAGCGUUGGACGCUGAUGGCACCUGCCUGGACGGCUACUCCUUCAUUUUCUCCCGUCACCCUACUGGCCUGAGGCCAGAGGACCAGAAAAUUGUGACCCAGAAGAAACAGGAAAUGUGCUUUCUGGGCAAAUACAGGAGGGUCGCACACAACGGUUUCUGUGCCUGAAGUGUUCCUGUUCAACACUGGCAAGAAUGUAAACUCUUCUUUUCCAGCUGUAGUAGCAAUGUAAAUAAAACUGUCAGUCAAUCUCAAGCUAACCCACUUUCAAUUCUGUAUAACUGUAAAAGUAAACGCUUUGUAUGUGGCUGAUAAACCGUGUGAAAAUGCCAUGGUUGUAUCACGUAGCCUGGACUACUUUUUAAAAUAAAGUAUUCUUCACGAAAACAA